GUCGUUAGCUAUACUUCUAUGGUUAUUUACAAUAAGUUGAACCAAUUACGUAGUUUUUCGUGUACCUACAUUUUAUCAGUUGUGUGAAAGUCAAUCGAAAAUGUGCUGUACUCACAUAUUGUUGUUACGGGUUUUUGAAAAAGUUACCACCGAAAUCCUUACAGGAAAACAAGGAUAUUUAAAAUUUUCAAGAAAGAAUAAAAUAUGAAAAUUUCUCAGCUCUGCCUUUUCUCCCUGAUCUUCUUUGCUGUUUUCAACUUUACCUCAACUGCCGAGAAGGGGAAGAAGAACUACUAUGAUGUGCUCGGCAUUAAGAAGACUGCAACGGAUAGAGACAUAAAGCGGGCGUUUAGAAAGUUGGCAGUUAAGUAUCACCCCGAUAAGAACAAACAGAAGGGAGCUGAAAACAAGUUCACAGAAAUUGCAGAAGCAUAUGAAGUGCUUUCGGAUCCAGCCAAGCGAAGAACCUACGAUCAGCUAGGUAGCGGAAUGUUUGGAGGCGCCAAUGGGGCUGGUGGGUCGCACCAUUUUAACCAUGACAACAUGUAUCACAGCUUUGAAGAGACAAUGGGGAAUACUUUCCAUUUUGGAGGACAUGGGCAUGGCGACUUCCACGGACAACACAGGCAUGCUCAAGGCCAUGGAUUUGUUUUCGAAGAUAUCUUCAUGGAGGAUCCUUUCAUGAACUUCUUUGGGCAAGACGAGCACACCUUCGGAGACGGCAGCUCGUUCUUCGGAAGCCACUUCUCACAGGGAGGCCACGCGAACGCGCAUGCGGGCAGCCAGUUCUCCAGCGUCCACUCGAGUCACCACUCUGAGCGGCAGAAGCGUGGCCAGACCUGCUACACGCGAACCGAGCGUGUGGGUAACACUGUCACCACCUACACCGAAUGUCACUAGGACAAGUGAACACUUUUCCUAUUUAAGUAUUGGCAGUUGGCCUCUCGGCUACCUGUGUUGUGUUUUAUUCAACUUAUCAUUUACAGGAACAAAUGUUUCCAUAUUUUUGCUUGCCAUUUGUAUAUAAAAAAAAAUUAUUAUUUCAACUAUAUGCAUAGUGUUAUCUAUCAAGACUGCUUAGUUAUUCAAAAUAUUUACUUUGUGUGAUGUAUUGUACCUGUAGAAAUAUUUAUUUUUUAUUUAAACUAUUUUCAUAUCUGAGGAUAAACAUUGGAUUGCAAGCUGUAGAAAUGAAAAAUUCAAUUCAUUUUGUGAUAAAAUUUAAAAAUCCUCUUCACCAACGUAUGUAUUUUUGACAAAAUGAUAAUAAAAUUAUUUAUUUCUCUUUUCAA